AUGUCUACGUCGACGGCCGAUCCAGUACUACAGCCUCUUUCACGGAGUCGAUUUGAUGCUGUCGAUUACCUCAACGAUGUCCUGCCUACGGUGACGCUCUCGUCGCAGGCGCAGUCCGGCAAGAUCGCAAGGACUGGUCAGUUACAGACUGCUUCUACAGACCUGCAAGCCUCCCUUUCCAAGAUAAACGCGCACAACAUCCGCACAUCGUCAGAUCUCACUGUGCUCACGGAUGAGAUUCUGCGCAGCGGCAAUCGGCUUGCGUACGAAGUAGAAAUCCUUCGUGGCGAUGUCAAUUCGUUCUACGAUCUCUUGACGGACACUCUCAAGGACGACAUUCGGUUGUUUGUUCGCGAGGAAGUUUUGAGCAGCUCAGCAGAGAAAGAUGGAGCGGACGCUGAAAGCCUGCCUGGGACACAGCCACAGCAGGAGCCCGCAUUCAUCACGCAACUACGAAGAUUGACGCAGGUCAAGGAGCGUCUCGAGGCAGUUGUGAACCUCUUUGGCGAGGCCAUGAAGUGGCCUGUUCCGCCUUCGGAACUCGGCUCGUCGCUGAUCACUGUGUCCGCGCCGGAGCUCGGUGGCAUUCAAACCACUGACGGGGACGACAAAGCGCGUGAUGCUACGAAGAAGAUCAGAGUCGAAAUACAAGAUUUACUUGAUUCAGAUGGUGGCGGAACUGCGGGCCUGGAGGCUGCUUCACGGAGAGUGGAGGAGUACAGGCAAUUGGCCGGUCUCUGGAAGGGCACGAGCGAAGAGAAGGUCCGCAUACGUUUUGUAGAAGGUCUACAGAGACUCGUCGACGAUCGCAAGCGCAAUUUAGAGGCGAGAGGUAUUUCUGAGCGGUCUCGAACAGGCAGUCCACACAGAACAGCAUCUGCGCAGGGCAGGCCUGCUCGACAUGAUGGAGGAGGGCUGUUUCGGAACCUUGCUCGUCUCAAGGACGAUUUGUACCUUGACUGA